AUAGGGUAGUCGCUGGCUGGCAGGCUGUGUGUUCGCUGGGAAUAAUAAACAUCUUGGUGGUCACACAACUACUUGCUUGACACCGCUACGAAAACAGGCAGAGGAAUCUGAAAAUGGCCCUCAGCUAAUCGGCGCCUGCCGUUGCCCUGUUGUCGGCGGAUUUACAGAACGACGGCUAGCAGGGUGCUAACGUUAGCACGCUAGCUUGCCAGGAGCACAUAGCAACUGCUGCUAGCUAACGUCACUGGACUGGUACUCUUUACUCGCAAGGCUGCAGCUAUGUUCGUCCAGGAGGAGAAGAUAUUCGCCGGGAAAGUGUUGAAAAUACACAUCUGCACCAUGGACGGCACGGAGUGGUUGGAGGAGGUCACGGAAGACACCACUGUCGAGAAACUGAAGGAGAAGUGCUUGAAACAUUAUGUACAUGGAAGUCUAGAAGACCCCAAAACACUUACCCACCAUAAGCUCAUACAUGCUGCUACAGAGAGAGUCCUCACCGACACUAAAACAGUCGCUGAUGAAAACCUCAAAGAUAAAGAUGUUUUGCUGCUCAUAAAGAAAAGACCACCGCCAACCCCUCCAAAGAUGGCAGACGUCAGUUCAGAUGAAAAGAAGAAACAAGAUAACAAGGCUCCAGACAAAGAUGCAAUUCUGAAAGCCACCGCCAGCCUGUCCACACGCCACACUGACCGCACUGUUACACAACAUAAUAUCAGAGAUUUUCAGACGGAGCUAAGAAAAAUCCUGGUUUCUCUCAUUGAAGUCGCCCAGAAGCUUCUUGCCUUGAACCCUGAUGCUGUUGAACUCUUUAAAAAAGCCAAUGCAAUGUUGGAUGAAGAUGAAGAGGAUCGGGUGGAUGAAACAGCCCUUCACCAGCUAACUGAGAUGGGUUUCCCUGAGAGCAGAGCUAUCAAAGCUCUUAGAUUGAACCAUAUGUCAGUGACCCAGGCAAUGGAGUGGCUUAUCGAGCAUGUAGAUGACCCCUCUGUGGAUGCGCCGCUGCCUGGCCAGGACUCUUCUGGGGCAGCGGGGGCCACGGCUGCCGCCACACCGGGCCCCUCAGCCUCGGGCCCUAACCUUCUCCGCAGCCUCUCCAGCCAGUCGAGCACAGAUGAGAGCAGCAGGCAAGAUGAGCUCACUGAGAUCUUCAAGAGGAUCCGCAGGAAACGGGAGUUCAGACCAGACUCAAGAGCUGUCAUUGCAUUGAUGGAGAUGGGGUUUGAUGAAAAGGAGGUGGUUGACGCUCUGAGAGUGAAUAACAACCAACAGGAUGCUGCAUGCGAGUGGCUGCUAGGAGACAGGAAACCUUCUCCAGAAGAUAUGGACAAAGGCAUCGACACCAACAGCCCGCUAUUCCAAGCCAUUCUGGAGAAUCCAGUGGUCCAGUUGGGUCUAACCAAUCCCAAGACCCUGCUAGCGUUUGAAGACAUGCUGGAGAAUCCUCUAAACAGCACCCAGUGGAUGAACGACCCAGAGACUGGCCCUGUCAUGCUCCAAAUAUCCAGAAUCUUCCAGACCCUCAAUCGCACAUAGAGCCUCCUGGUGACCCCCUGUGUGACUGUGGCAGCUUGUGUGGAUGUUAGACACAUAUUGGGAUGUGUGUGUGUAUGUAUGGAUGUGUGUGUGUCUGAAUGUGGCAGAGACACAAGUAUUGUUUUUGCCUUGUAAAGACAAAGCCAGAUGAGUCAAAUUAUGAAUUAAGAUGCUCUACAUAUAACUAUUUAUAACAGUACAGUAAAAACACUUAUACAAAACAAAUGUUAACAUAAUACAAUAUUAUUACAGUAAUAAUAAAAAGAUUGAGAUUUAGUAUGUUGUUUUUACAUUUUAAUGAGAACAAUUUAUAGUUAUGACAGAUCAGAUUAUUUUAUAUAAUUUCUCCAUGUGCAAAAAUUACAUCAAACAUCAAUUUAAUGUUUACAAAGAAAACUGUUUUUGUAUGUUUCGCAAUAUUUAAAUAUCAGUUAUAGUUUUGUCAUCAUUGGCGAGUGUGUGGAAGACUUCUGUCAGUAUCAUAUUUUAUUUUUCUUCCCCAUUCAUCUCGUUUUCAUCAAAGUAACUGCUCGUAAUCGAGAGGCUGGCGGUCAAAGUCGAGCGUUUGUUUAGCUAAUUGAAAAUAGGCUUUGACUACUACACAACCUCUCUCUCCAUUCAUGCCUGUGAGGUCACUGUAAGUCAACCGCCUCUCAGUUUAAAGAGGAGAACGUUUGUCCUGGAGCCUGGUAAAGAAAGUGCAUUUGACUUUCUUGCCUUUUUAGACAAAAGCUGUACACUAAACUGUUUGUGUCUUAGUCAUGUUUUUACAAGAAAGUUAUAUAUUAGGCCUGUGCGUUUGUUGUCAAUGUGCUCUUGAAUGUCAUAUUGUCAUGUUGUGCUCAUUUAGCACUUCACCUCUAUGGAUAUCAUUCACUGCAGCACUGAGGAGGUGAAAUGAAGGGUUUGUGGGGGGUUUUUUUUGUCUCAAAAGGCUGUAGUGGGAUGUUUAAUGAAGCUGAGCCUAAUGAAAAGGGGUUUGCCUUUUUAACCUUUUAAUUUGAAUGAUAAACAUGCGUGCUCUCUUCACACACACAAAGAAAUAAUAGAAUUUGAGACGCAACGCAAUGAAGGUCUUUUGGCUGACUUUUUUCUUUUGAGAGCAAUGAACAUUUAUGCUGUCAAACCAAACCAAAAUGCCACUAUAUAACCUGCCUUGUCAUUAGUUGUACCCAUUGAAAAAUACCCUGUAUUUCUGUGCAAUAGCAAGGACUUCUGUUGACCUGUAAAGAAAUAUAUUUGAUUUGAGUGUUAAAGAUGUGUGAACUGCAAUGGGUAGUGUGUUGCACAAUAUUAGCCUUUGCAUUGAGUACUUAAAAUCUCCAGCUACAAGAAGGUGAGCGUAGCCUCUCCUGGUUGUACUGAGAGUUUAAAUCCAUAUGGAGGGUGGUGUGUUUUGCCAAGCUUUUGAGUGUUUUUAUUCAAUAUUUAAAAAUGUGGUAUUGAUGUGACUUUUUGCUCAGGGAGGCUGAGAUUGUUUCUCUAAACCUGUCGUCAUGGCAAACCUCUGCUCACCCCCUUCUCGUUUGGCGUUUGAAAAUGGCUUUAACUAAUCUGUCUAGAACUUAGGAACAAGAGCACCACAAGACAUGGUUUCGUAAAUGCAAUAUUUGAAAAUAUUUCAAUGUUUUUAGAGAGAAGUGUCUGUUUGAACUAUGUAUUAUUACAUUAUUUAUAUCAAAGCCAAACUAGUGACUUGUUCUUAUUUAUAACAUUUUUAGCAAACCUCAAAGCUAAUCUACAAAUGUGAAAAAAAAUUAAAUGAUUCAGAUGUUGUUUUUACAAACCAUUAUUGAAAAAAAAUGUGCUUAAUGGACUGGUAGGUCACAGUGUGGUUUAAAGUUGUGCAACAUGUUUGAAUGAAGGAGGAUUUCUGCAUACUUUCUGCGCUGAAGCGGACCUUCAUCACGGCCACCGUGACCAGCUGUCUCACCACCUCCAGGCUUUUCACCCGCAUGCAUACAAAACUGUCCCGUGACAUCUUGAAACAAACAUUGGGAGAUUGAACGUCUGAAGAAAAAAAGGUCCACAGAACAUGCAGAUAUCUUGUCUUUGCAAAUGGUCAUCAAACGGAACCGAAAAGAGCAAAAUGAACUUUCUGGCUGAGGGACACUGAAGAAUUGUUGGAGUCGCAGGUUCUUUUCACUCAGCUUUCAUGCAGGACUGUCCCAGAUUAACAACCUAUGCAAUAUACUCUCACAGUCUGUUCAUUCAAACAGCCUCAUGGCAACUGGCAUCUAAAUCACUAUUGCAUUAAAGUUAUUUUUUGUGGCUGUAAUUUUUGGAUUCUUUGUUGUUCUUUGAGCAAAUUACAGGUCAGCGAAAUCGAGGCAGUAAAAAUCUGCUCUUAGACAGCUGCCAUGUUUAGUGGGAGGUUGUUGAGCCCACAAAGGCAAGUCUGACAAUGUAAAUAACCAAAUGAACAAUGGCUGAAUUCCUUACAGCUGCCUCAGUUUCACGGUGCUUUCGUUUAUGUUAUUAGUCACACCUGUUCAUUUGUGUGCUGUGAAAAGACAUAUUGUACAUUAUGUGUUUGUAUAUACACAUCUUGGUCAGUGUCCAUGUUUGGAGUGCAGAACACAGACCAGAUUUCAAUGAAUUGUCUCAGGCAGUGUUUUAAAAAAAGCAUCGGAGGUGAAGCAUGUGAAAUGAUAAAAAGAGGAAGUGUCACUGAGACUGCAGGUUUGCAUUUCAUAUUGUUUUGUCUGGUGGCCUUCAGGAGUCAAACACACUAAAUAUGAGAGGUAAACAUCUACACAACAGCCUACAAAUAAAGUGUUCAGUGUACUUUUAAUAAUAUAUAUUUAGCUAUUUUUUGUUCUCGAGUACCUGAGAUCAGCUCACUGAAAGAUAUUCUCAACAAUAUUUUAAUGAAAUGUCUAUUAUGGAUAUUCAUUCAAGUUUCUUCAAAAUGGGAAAUGGGAAAUGGGAAUAAUAAAGCAUAACCAACCUACUUUUGAGAAACAAUUUCACCCCAAGGUCCAUUUAGUGUACUCAGAUGUUAUUAUCUGGUCCAUGUUGGAUUAAAGGCUGGAGUUCAAAGUUUAUUCUUGACAUUGCAAACAGCACUUGAGAUAUAUUUUAUAGGUUAUGUGGUCUGAGUUAAAGCUCCAAAAAAGCUACAAAAGGGACCUUGUGGUGAG